CAUGGCUGACUUCCAAGGUUACAUCACUCUCUUCCUAAUUUGGUUAGUCUCCACCAUCCUGAUUCGAGCCAUCUUCACCAAAUGGCGAACAACCGUUCAUCUUCCACCAAGCCCACUAGCCCUGCCAAUCAUUGGUCACCUCCAUCUCCUUGCUCCUAUACCUCACCAAGCUUUUCACAAGCUCUCACACCGCUAUGGACCAUUAAUUCAUCUCUUCCUCGGAUCUGUCCCCUGUGUUGUUGCUUCCUCCCCAGAAAUGGCCAAAGAGUUCCUCAAAACUCAUGAAACUUCAUUCUCUAAUCGACCCAAAAUUGCUGCUGUUGAUUUCUUGACAUAUGGCUCAGCUGACUUUUCCUUUGCUCCCUAUGGGCUCUACUGGAAGUUCAUGAAGAAACUUUGCAUGUCAGAACUUCUUUCUGGUCGAAGGCUAGACCAGUUCUAUCACAUUAGAUGUACAGAGAUAAAAUGGUUUAUGCAGUCAAUAAUGGAAAAAGCUGAAGCCGGUGAGGAAAUUGAUGUUCGAGAAGAACUUAUAAGGGUGACUAACAAUGUGAUAUCAACAAUGACCAUGAGUCUAAGGUGUUCUGAUAGUGAAAAUGAAGCUGGUGAAGUAAAGAGAUUGGUGCAAGAAGUAGCUGAGCUCACUGGAAAGUUUAAUUUGUCAGAUUUUAUUUGGUUUUGUAAGAAUUUAGAUUUGCAAGGAUUUGGGAAAAGGCUCAAGGAAGUUCAUGAGAGGUUUGACUCAAUGAUAGAGAAGAUUAUGAGGGAGCAUGAGGAGGCAAGGAAGAAGGAGAUGGGUGGUGGAGGCGAUGCAGCAAAGGAUGUACUUGAUAUUUUACUUGACAUAUCAGAAGAUCAAAGCUCAGAAAUAAAAUUAACAAGAGAGAACAUCAAGGCCUUCAUCCUGGAUAUAUUUGCAGCAGGGACUGACACAUCUGCCAUUACAACCGAAUGGGCACUAGCAGAGCUGAUCAACAACCCAAAUAUUAUGGAGAAAGCAAGACAAGAGAUAGAUUCCGUGGUUGGCAAAAACAAACUAGUAGAAGAAUCAGAUAUCGCAAACCUUCCCUACCUCCAAGCCAUUGUUAAGGAAACACUAAGGCUACAUCCCACGGGUCCAUUGAUUGUUAGAGAGUCAUCUGAGGACUGCACCAUUGGGGGUUAUGAUAUUCCCGCAGGAACCCGGCUAUUUGUUAAUGUGUGGGCUAUAGGAAGGGAUCCAAACCACUGGGAGAACCCACUUGAGUUCCAGCCUGAGAGGUUUGUUAAUGAAGACGGGACUUUAAAGAGCCAGUUGGAAGUUAGGGGACAACAUUUUUAUCUGCUGCCAUUUGGAAGUGGAAGAAGAGGUUGCCCUGGAACUUCACUAGCACUACAGGUCGUCCAAACAAGCCUUGCUGCUAUGAUUCAGUGCUUUGAGUGGAAGGUGAGGGACGGGGGCAAUGGAACUCUUAACAUGGAAGAGGGACCAGGGCUCACUCUUCCAAGGGCUCAUCCUUUGAUUUGUGUCCCAGUGGCUAGACUCCACCUAUUUCCAUAGAUCUUAUUUAUUAUUUGAAAAAUAAUUUCAAAAAAAAAAAUCAAAGAAGAAGAUCAAGGGAGUGUUUAUCGUACUUCUCUUUAAUUAACGAAAAUCAAACAAACUAA